GUGUGGCUGUGGGCUUGGUGUGUGUAGUGGGGGGCUGGCCGGCAACCGGACCGUGCGGCGAAGCGACAGAGCGACCCCCCCGGCACCACAGCCCGAAAGACAACCAGCAGGAAACAAAACAAAAACUCUUGUCCUUGUGCGUUCCAGUUGCACAGGCUUUCUGAGGAUUUGGAUGUGAGCGCGCUGCAGCUUCGAAAUAACAUUGUGCAAGCUCUGGAGGUGGAGGGGAAGGGAGGUGGGGAGAACCUGGUGCUGGAAACGUUGACUGGAAAGUCUGAGCAGCGCCUGGCUUGCAAAGUCUUCAGUGAGGCGGAGAAAGGAUUGACAGGCGCCCGUGUAUUAGCGUGCAAGACCCCCCCUCCUCCUCCCACCCCACAAUCUGAGCUGAGGCAGGGAGUUCCAUGUAAGUCAGCACCGCUCUCUGCUGACCCUCCCACAGAAUGGGGCACUCCCCCCACCGCCUCCUCCUGGCAGCCCUCUGCCAGUCCUUGCUGCCCGGCAGCUGCUGGGGCAUCGGCUCCAUUGACCACGAGAGGGGAAGGGAGGCCAAAUGCCAGCCUAUCGAGAUCCCCAUGUGCCUGGGAAUUGGCUACAACAUGACCCGGAUGCCCAACUACAUGGGUCACCAGAACCAGCGGGAGGCAGCGAUCAAGCUGCAUGAGUUUGCCCCCCUGGUGGAAUACGGAUGCCACAUCCACCUCCGGCUCUUCCUGUGCUCCCUGUACGCCCCGAUGUGCACCAACCAGGUCUCCACCUCCAUCCCAGCCUGCAGACCAAUGUGUGAGCAGGCACGCCAGCGCUGUGCCCCCAUCAUGGCUCAGUUCAACUUUGGCUGGCCCGAAUCUCUGGACUGCAGCAAACUGCCCACCCGCAACGAUCCCAAUGCCCUGUGCAUGGAGGCACCUGAGAAUGCCACCGGCGAGCCGCAGAAAGGCCAGGGCAUGCUGCCCGUGGCCCCCCGGGCCAGGAUCCCGGGACCAGCUGAGGGCAGGAACCAGGGUCCCCUUGGCUCCUGUGCCAACCCUGACAAGUUUCAGUAUGUGGAGAAGAGCCUGUCCUGUGCCCCUAAGUGCUCCCCAGGGGUGGAUGUCUACUGGUCCAAGGGUGAUAAAGACUUUGCCUUCAUCUGGAUGGCUGUCUGGUCCACACUGUGCUUCAUCUCCACAGCUUUCACUGUGCUGACCUUCCUGCUGGACCCUCAUCGCUUCCAGUAUCCCGAGAGACCCAUCAUCUUCCUCUCCAUGUGCUACAACGUCUACUGCGUGGCGUUCAUUAUCCGCUCGGUGGCUGGGGCUGAGAAUAUUGCCUGCGACCGGGAGAACGGUGAGCUGUACGUCAUUCAGGAGGGCUUAGAGAGUACAGGCUGCACCAUCGUCUUCCUCAUCCUGUACUACUUCGGCAUGGCCAGCUCCCUUUGGUGGGUCAUCCUCACCCUAACCUGGUUCUUGGCAGCAGGCAAGAAGUGGGGCCACGAGGCCAUCGAAGCACACAGCAGCUACUUCCAUAUGGCCGCCUGGGGCGUGCCAGCCAUGAAGACCAUCAUCAUACUGACCAUGAGGAAGGUGGCAGGCGAUGAGUUGACCGGCCUGUGUUACGUUGGCAGCAUGGACAUCAGCGCUCUCACCGGCUUUGUCCUCAUCCCUCUGACCUGUUACUUGGUGAUAGGGACCUCUUUCAUUCUAACUGGCUUCGUGGCUCUCUUUCACAUUCGCAGGAUCAUGAAGACCGGCGGCACCAACACAGAGAAGCUGGAGAAGUUGAUGGUGAAGAUAGGGGUCUUCUCCAUACUUUACACCGUCCCAGCCACAUGUGUAAUCGUCUGCUACUUCUACGAGAGGUUGAACAUGGAUUACUGGAAGGUGCUCGCCUCUGAGCAGCCCUGCCUGGCCUAUCCAGGGAGAAGGAUUCUGGACUGCACGUUGGACACCUCAGUGCCUACUGUCGCUGUCUUCAUGCUGAAGAUCUUCAUGUCCCUGGUGGUGGGAAUCACCAGCGGGAUAUGGGUCUGGAGCUCCAAGACCCUGCAGACUUGGCAGAGCUUGUGCAGCAGAAAACUGUCAGUGAGAACUCGAGGGAAGCCCUGCAGUGGGGUCAGCUGCUCUGCCAGCCACUGCCACUACAAGGCGCCUUCUGUCAUGGUGCACAUGAGCAAAACGGACCCUUACCUGGACAAUCCAACCCAUGUGUAACUAACACCAGGUAAAAACUUCACUUGAACAGUCAGUUUGUACAUGUUCGUCACCCAGUCAGUACAAGGCUCAGAGAUCAGCCUCUCGGCCAUGUCAUUUACUAAUUCUAAUAGCCACAAUACUGAUGUCUCUUAACCUAUGGGAUUUGUUUCGGAAUUUUUGUAAAAUCCAUGUAAAGGUUUAAGAUAACUCCCGUUAUAAGACCUAUUGAUUUAUGGAAUACUGGGGGAAUAGAGAGCCAGAGAGUGGAUAACCUCUUCCUAACAUCACCAAGAAUGCAGCAUCUGUAGCUCAGAACACACGGGUGGAAGAGUUUUGAAUCAUUUUGAGCUGAAAAUGGCAUUUUUUUUCUGUUGUUUAAGCACAGAGUGCUUCUGAAUGUCACUGUGCCAAGCCUUUCGAAGGGAAAAUGUUAUCAAUCUCUCCUUGCAGUCAUGCAGCUUGGAACAGUCUCAUUUUCAAAGCCUUACAGCCAAAUUGUGGAGGUGUACAGUCUUGAAAAGUGUUACAAAAUGGACUAAACAUUGAUCUUGUUUUAAAUCUUAACUUUAACCCCUAAAGUACAUAUUUUUACAAUAAUUUCUCAAUCAUUCCCAAAGAUGCGUUGUUAGUUGUUUAAAGAAACAAAUCUUUGGUGUUUUACCACAAGAUUUUCUUAGAUUAAACUGAAAGAUUCAUUAAAGGGCAGUUUAAAGCAAUGAGAAGCAGGAGGUCCCAGGUUGGGCUGUUGGCCUGUGCGGACAGGCAGGUGGGCAAGAACUUUGGCUUCAGCUCCCCUGUAAAUAUGGGAACCAACAGGAGCUGUUGCCCCCUUGCUGUUGUCCAGUGAUUGCUGUUGGAACUGUGAUUGUUGUAUAAUGGCAGAAGUGAUGUCCCCUGUGUGCUUCAGUGACUUGCUGAAUCUCUCUUCAAUGAACAAUGAGGCUGGCGAGGAGUUAGCCACAAGGAGUGGCCCAUUGAACUGGGGGGAGCUCACUCGACCCACUAGUAUAAAGUACCUCAGGGUCAUUUAAUUCCUUGUGGAGUGGAGGACAGACAUGCAAAAAAAAGUCCUAAACCAAUCUGAGAACUGUAUGAUCUUUCACCUGGUUCCCUGAGGCAGCCGACACUCUCACCAAUGCGAAAUAGCCAGUUUUAAAAUGUUUCUCUCCCUUACAUUUAAUACUUUCCAUAUAAACACUUCAUUCUUCCAACAAAAACAUUUCUAACUUGUAAUUCACAUUUCAGCACAAAGGUCUUUUUAUUUCUCAGUUUCUGCCCCGGAAUAUUUCUUUCAAAAAAAAUUUAACCCUAUCAGACAUUUAAGAUAAAAAUUACUCUCCCUAGUGCCAGGGAAGUCCAAGCGUCCAUGAUACGACCAUCAGUCAGUGACUGAUCUGUUCAAAUGUGUCUGCAGAGUGCAAAGGUAGCAACACAGAUUCUGCAUCUGCACAGUCCUUUCACAACAGAAAGUCCCUUAUCUACUGAUACUUCUAUUGAAGUCUUCUUUAGCUCACUUCCCUGCAGGGAAAAUGCCCUCAAUUUUUUCUGGAUUGCCUUAUGUGUCGCACUGUCUGUACCCGCUACUUUUCCCAUCCUGUUGGCUCCCUGUCUACAUUGGGAGCAUGCCCCAAACUUGAUCUCUCCUCUAAGUCGACUUGUUAGAUCUCAGCCUGAGUUGGAGAGGUGGAAUGCAGUCAUCACAGCACACAGGCUGUUUGGUCCAUUGGGCUUCAUGCCAGCCUUCUAUGGAGCAAUCCAAUCUGUCCUUCUGCCACCAUGUCCUUAUAUAGCCCUGAAAGGCUCUUUUGUUUGACAUCCUUGGACCAUAUUGUCUGUUUCCGUGCUGUACGAUUCUAUCCAGUUCCUGUUUGAAAUCGUUGAUCACCUCUGCUUCCACCUCCUGCAGUUUCUUGGCUGUUACAACUGACUAAUGUCUUUAAAAAAGUUAUUUCUCACAUAUGUCCCAAUUCCUUUGUGUCCCAAACCGUAAACCUGUGUCCCCUAGUCUUUUCUAAUGAGAACAGCUAAUAAUUCAUUGUGCUUUGUUCGCUCAGAUUAGACAGGCUAAACCUGGCCAGCUAUCUUAGUCACUGAUCCAGCCAUUUGCACUGGAAAAUAGAGAAGGAAUCAGGUUUAAUCACGAUGCCUUUCACAGUCGACUAUCUUGCCGUUCUUCACAGUUUAGCCUUACAAAUGGUAUACUGUUGUGAAGUCAGAAUUUAACUUCAGAGAGGCGAAAGGGAGAAACUAUGGAGAGAAUUAAUUUUGGAAGUGUCAAUUUCCCCUAGACUUGUAAGUAUUUGUUUCCUUAUUGAAAAUGCUGCCAACCAUUGUGUGGCACUUCCCUCCCCAAUCAUAGGUGUCACUUCAGUUACUGGGCUAUGUUGGAAAUUCAGAUCCUUCAGCAGUAGUUAGCGAAGGGUUAAUGUGAAGCCUCCUUUGUAUUUUUGAGAGAUGAAUCAUGUUGUGAUAACAGCUUGUCGAAAUUACUGGACAGCCGUUUACUUGGGGCAGUUAACUAGCAGGUAGCUACGCCAGGGGAGCUUGUGAUAGAGUAUGGAUAACAUGCACCCCUACCCCCACCCACCCCCCUUAGUAACAUGAAGCGGGAGAGGGGUGGGAGUGCUAACUGAUAAUGGACAAUGCUCGCUCUUCAGCUGGGAUCAUUACUCAAAUGUAGAGUGAUGGAACUAUCAGCCUUAAAUUGCAUACUAAUCCCCACCCCACGAGUUUCUGUUGUGCAAUAUAAUUCCUUCUGUAGGGAGUGGGAGAAAAUGAGAGCUCCCAUCCCUUUCUGUUAUUGUAUGUGUAAAUAUCUCGUUGCAUUCUGCGUUUUGUUUUACAGUUGUAUAUCCGCUUUGAAUGUUCGUUUAUUGUAAUCUUUUUGUGGUGACUUUGAAUUGACUAACCUGCUCCUCCCCCAGUUCUCCGGCACCCCCCACCCCAGCAUUGGAGGUGAACUGAGUGAGGGGUACAGACGAGCUGAGCCUGGGGGAGGGACAGAGUUGUCAGAUUGUUGGGGGAGUGUCACUGCAUCUUGUUGUGAGGUGCAGAAUGUGCUGCUGCUGCUGGAACAAGACAUUGACCUGGUCAAACUCUAUCCAAGAGCUGUGCGAGGCUCCUUGAUGUGGGGUAGGCAACACUGGAUCUGCCACUGUUCAUCAUUUUUCAUGUAAUAUCUUAAGUCAAAAGGAAAUGCAUUCUACCUGAUCAGAGUUCUUACUGCACCAGCCGUGGCAACAGGUAUUAUCAAAGUGUAACCUCAACAUCAAGAUUUUGCUGUUUUUAUUACAGAUUGUGCACUGAGCCUGUCUGAAUUACCCACCAUCCCUGCCCACAGGUGAUAAUGCAGCUGCUUUUGUCAAGCAGUGAACAACUUUCCUUUUUAAAAGCCUAGCACAUCACCAGUGUUCUUUAAUCAACCCAUUCUUUGGCAAUGCUCACUUAAACAGCCCAAAACCAGAACUUUUUUUUAUAAAAGUCUUUGGAAGGGUCCCUCUCCUGUUUUACAGGUAAACCCAAUUUCAGUGAUGUGUUUGCACCAGGGAUGGUUGUGUUCUGGUGAAUAUCAGAUCACUGGUUUCUGGGGGGCAUGCUGGCAACCCAGGGGCUGCACCGUUGCAUUGUGCCACGUGUUUGUAUGGUUAAAUGGGACACAGCUGUCCCCACGUGGAGAGCUUUCAAUCAUAAUAGGAGUAUCGGUGCUCAUUGUGCUCUUGUUCACACCUUAAGGGUCGACUGGCUAUGGCCCUUUACCCCAGAUAGAACGUUCAGGAAAGCAUGAAGGAAAACAGGAUUUGCUGUUGAUAAGGCCAUGGCUAGGAAGAACAAGCACUUAGAAGAAUAGAAAUCGGCAACUUGUAUGUUAGAAAAAUUCCGUUAAGCAUCACAGUUACUUUCAAUCUCUCUUUAGUGUAUGUAUGACACUUAACUCCUGUAACACUUCCCAGCUCACAUCUUCCUCAUCAUACUUUCUUCCAAGAUCCCGAAAACAACAGCAUGAGCAACACACCAAACACUGGAAAUGUUACACUGCAUGUCAGACAUUAUACAUUCAUUUCGCCAGCAAAGUGUCAUGUAAGUAUUGCAAAACCUUACAAUGUCCCAAAGCACAUUUAACCUCUAAAUGAGCUGGUGAGGGUAGAAACCUUAGACCAGGGGCUUUAUCAGAGCAAGCCAGAUUCAUGUGGUUCACAUGUAGCAGCAACACACUACGACACUGUCCAUCAGCUGGUGUGAGAAUCCUGACAUACCAUGAGCAAUGCCGCGGGAGGUUUGCUAAUCUAUUUUUGCUUUGCAAUUAGAAUGAUCUUCUGAAGUGAUACGCCCAAAUAAAACAUCCAGAGUUCAGGACACAAGAGGGCUAUAAUUAUCAGUCGAUUUCUGCUUCCCAGUGAAUAUUGAGUUAAAUAAUCAGUGUGUGCUGGGUGAAAGUGGGAGAAUGAUGCUGAAAUUGCCCUCGGCACUCCACUACUAAGGAGCAAUAAACCAAACAGCAUUUCCAUUCCCGCUUGCUGUCACAUCUGGAAAAUGAAAGUGUAGUUACAGCAGGAGAGAGUGGAGUGGGGCUCUGGCCUGAAGCUUCUCUGAGCAAGUCUCCCAGUGAUUUUUUGUACAGUUUAUACUUACACAUGAAUUUUCUUUAAGUAGGCUAUCAGAAGGCAGCCAAUAAUUGUGGACCCAUGUGCAAAGAGGCCAGCACUUGCAGGAGAAAAUAGAUAGAAAUUGUGUAAGAAAAUUGAAGUCGACAUUCUUGAUAAUAUUUCAGUAAUUGGUUUCCGCAUAAACCCCUGUUGGUAUUUUAUCAGUAACAGCUUCUUGUGGGUCAGGCUGGAGUGUGAGUUAUGAGAUGGUAAUGACAGCAAGUUGAGAAUGAAACAUACCAAAUAGAUUUAAUAUUUAACACUGAUCUGACAGAUUGUCACCAAAGUUCUCUCUCCUUUCCAAAGCUUAGAGUGUGUAUAAUUAAUUUUAAGCAAUUCCCUUAGAUACGGAAGGUUUUACGUUAAGAGCAUCUCUACAUAGAAUGCUUUCCCAGUGAUUUAACCAUGCAGGUGUUGCUCACAGCCUGACUCUUUUGAUUCAGUUGUCUGUAUGUUUUAGAGAAGUGUGUGGCAGAGUGAGAGAUUUUCUUGACUGAGUUCUGAUCGUUAUGUCUUGCCGAACUUGGCAUGGUGGCACGGGUGGUCAGCAUUGCUGCUUCACAGCACCAGCAACCCAGGUUCGAUUCCACCCUUGGGCACCUUGUGUGGAGCUUGCAUGUUCUCCCCAUGUCUGUGUGGGUUUCCUCCCAUGUGCAGGUAAGGUGGAUUGGCGAUGGGAAAUUGCCCACAGUGUCCAGGGAUGUGUAGGCUAGCCAUGAGAAAUGCAGGAUUAUAGGGUGGAGUGAGUUGGACUUUUUGGAGGGUCAGUGUGGAUUGGAUGGGCCGAAUAGCCUACUUCCACACUAUAAGGAUUCUAAGUAACACACUUUUGCAAGCAUUAAUUUGAUCCUUAUGGUAGCAUGCUUGUUGUUUCUGGGUUCAGUACAGACAAUGAACAGAUAAUGCAUUCUAAUAGUGUAGUGCAGUGCAGUGGAAGUGUUGCACUCUCAGCAGUACUGUCUUCUGUCCAGCUGAGACAUUGGGAUAUAAUGCUUGGAAAAAUUAACUCCUAGCUUGGUAAAUAAGUAUAAGGCAAUUUUUCUGCUUCCCACUGUGACAGCAAGUUACUGAACAAUCCUCUGAUCUUGAUGAAAAGUAAAUCAAAUGUCAGAACUCAGAUUAGGUUUGGCCCUUUGUCCCUCAGCUCUGCCAGCUUGGAUUUGUUUCUGUUUCAAGUGAUGUACACUCCAGCAGGAACAUCAUUCAAGAAAACCCAAAUUCGAGGGCUAACAUAAAAUCUAGCUAGUCGCCUCCAGUCGCUUUCCUUUCCCAAGGUCCUUGGAGUGUUGUACUUGAGUGGAGAUCUAGUUCAGAGGGUACCAACAUCCAUCCCAAUUCCCACGCAACUCCCUCUAGUCUUCCACUGCCUCCAGCUCUUCAGUCAAGUGGAGUAAGCCUGAGAUUCAUGGAACACAGGGAGAUUGGUAUGAAGUGAUUGAAACGAGUAUAUCCUCUGUUUCCAUUUCCAGGAUCAAUGUCUGUCUUUGCAGAGCCCUCUACAAGAGGCUGUGCAAAUAAAUUGUAAUGCCUGUAGUUCAUUUCAUUAUGUUUACUCAGUGAUUGUAGAUGUAUUAAUUUAUGGUAAGACAACAAUA